GAAUGCAGGUGAGGAAAGGCACGGACUCUGCGGCUGAGAACCCAAACUUGGGCACCGCGCGGUGCGCACGGCUCAGCCCUCGCCCUCACGGGCGAACGGCUGCUGCGGUUUCAGGCGGAGGCUUGGUGACUAAUGACCUUGCGCAGAGUUGUUAAAAUCAGAAACCGGAGCUCUCGGGGGUUGAGAAAGGACUGACUCUCUGGGCGUCUCUGAAGAUGGCUCGGACUGCUCUUCGGCGCGCCAGGGGGACCCGGCCGAGUACUGCGCUGUGACGCGAGUGGUCUCCUCUACACGGUGCCCGAAGCGACUUGCUGGAGAUUUUUCAUUCUCUCAUCUGUUGGCUAGCUCCCCGGCUGCCUAAACGGAGUCGGAGUUGAGACUUGGCUUGUUGUUGGCCCCGGUACCUCGUGCAGAAAACGACUCACAUUUGCCUGGGGCAGCCGAAGCCGGAGCAGAGCCUGGGGUUGGAGUGAGUGGCUGGAACGUGCAUUGGACUCAAAGACGAGAGGGGCUGGCUGGCCGGGGAGGCUGCAGACUAGCCCCUCGCCGCCUCCCGACUCCACUGCCCGCCUGCCAGAGCGGUUCCAGUCCCAUCCCACCGAGCGGGGACCGGAGCCCGGGAUCCUUCGCCCGCUGCGGGGAUGACUCUAGGAGGUCGCGGAGCCCGCUGCGCGCAGUGUCCCGUGAACUGUGAGUACUGCCACUGAACGGCGGCCAGCGAGCUAGCGAUUAGCACCCACUGCAUGAAUUAUGAAACAAUAACUUUUGGAAGAAACAGGAGGAAAAAGAAAGGAUCUAUCGCUGCUCCCCCGGGCGGACUAGCACGUUGCUCUUACCCCCUCCCUCCCUUCUCUCUUGCGCCUUCCUUUCCCGGAGAGGGCAGAGGACUGGGGGGGGGGGAGGGCUGGCGGCCGGCCCCGGAGGAGAGGGAAGCCACGGGGACUGUGGUUAGAAGGAGCAAUAGCAGCAGCAGCAGGAGAAGAUGCUGAGGAUGCGGACGGCGGGAUGGGCGCGCGGCUGGUGCCUGGGCUGCUGCCUCCUCCUGCGGCUCUCGCUCAGCCUGGCGUCCGCCAAGCAACUCCUCCGGUACCGGCUGGCCGAGGAGGGCCCCGCCGACGUCCGCAUCGGCAACGUCGCCUCAGACUUAGGCAUCGUGACGGGCUCGGGCGAGGUGACUUUCAGCCUCGAGUCGGGCUCCGAGUACCUGAAGAUCGACAACCUCACCGGCGAGCUGAGUACGAGCGAGCGGCGCAUCGACCGCGAGAAGCUGCCCCAGUGUCAGAUGAUCUUCGACGAGAAUGAGUGCUUCCUGGACUUCGAGGUGUCGGUGAUCGGGCCCUCACAGAGCUGGGUGGACCUGUUCGAAGGCCGGGUCAUCGUGCUCGACAUCAACGAUAACACGCCCACCUUCCCGUCGCCUGUGCUCACGCUCACGGUGGAGGAGAACCGGCCGGUGGGCACGCUGUACCUGCUGCCUACCGCCACCGACCGUGACUUCGGCCGCAACGGCAUCGAGCGCUACGAGCUGCUCCAGGAGCCCGGGGGCGGCGGCGGCGAGGGCCGUCGCUCUGGACCGGCCGACAGCGCCCCCUACCCCGGGGGCGGCGGGAACGGCGCGAGCGGCGGCGGCCAGGGAAGCUCCAAGCGGCGGCUGGACGCGCCUGAGGGCGGUGGCGGGGCGAGCCCCGGAGGCCGCAGCAGCGUGUUCGAGCUGCAGGUGGCCGACACCCCGGACGGCGAGAAGCAGCCGCAGCUGAUCGUGAAGGGGGCUCUGGACCGGGAGCAGCGCGACUCCUACGAGCUAACCCUGAGGGUGCGCGAUGGCGGCGACCCGCCGCGCUCGUCGCAGGCCAUUCUGCGGGUGCUCAUUACCGACGUGAACGACAACAGCCCUCGCUUUGAGAAGAACGUGUACGAGGCUGAUCUGGCGGAGAACAGCGCCCCGGGGACCCCCAUCCUGCAGCUGCGCGCCGCCGACCUGGACGUGGGGGUCAACGGGCAGAUCGAGUACGUGUUCGGAGCGGCCACCGAGUCCGUGCGGCGGCUGCUGCGCCUCGACGAGACGUCGGGCUGGCUCAGCGUACUGCACCGAAUCGACCGCGAGGAGGUGAACCAGUUGCGCUUCACUGUUAUGGCCCGCGACCGCGGACAGCCCCCCAAGACCGACAAGGCCACAGUAGUCCUCAACAUCAAGGACGAGAAUGACAACGUGCCUUCCAUUGAAAUUCGCAAGAUCGGGCGCAUUCCACUCAAGGACGGUGUGGCUAACGUGGCCGAGGACGUCCUGGUCGACACCCCUAUCGCUCUGGUGCAGGUAUCCGACCGAGACCAAGGUGAGAACGGGGUGGUUACCUGCACCGUGGUGGGCGAUGUGCCCUUCCAGCUCAAGCCGGCCAGCGAUACUGAGGGCGACCAGAACAAGAAAAAGUACUUCCUGCACACCUCCGCUCCUCUGGACUAUGAGACCACCCCGGAGUUCAACGUGGUAAUAGUGGCAGUUGACUCGGGCAGUCCCAGCCUCUCCAGCAACAACUCUCUGGUGGUCAAGGUGGGAGACACAAACGACAACCCGCCCGUCUUCGAGCAUUCCGUGGUGGAGGUUUACUUCUUUGAGAACAACAUCCCGGGCGAUAGGGUGGCCACGGUGAAAGCUACAGACGCAGACAGCGGGAAGAACGCAGAGAUCGCCUACUCGCUGGACUCAUCCGUGAUGGGUAUCUUUGCCAUCGAUCCCAGUUCUGGGGACGUCCUCGUAAAUACGGUGCUGGACCGCGAGCAGACUGACAGGUAUGAGUUUAAAGUUAACGCCAAAGACAAAGGCAUCCCGGUGCUCCAGGGCAGCACCACGGUAAUUGUGCAGGUGGCUGACAAGAAUGACAAUGACCCUAAGUUUAUGCAGGACGUCUUUACCUUUUAUGUGAAAGAAAACUUGCAGCCCAACAGCCCGGUGGGGAUGGUCACCGUGGUGGAUGCUGACAAGGGGAAAAAUGCAGAGAUGAGACUGUACAUAGAGGAGAACGGUAAUAUUUUUUCCAUUGAAAAUGACACUGGGACCAUUUACUCCACAAUGUCUUUUGACCGUGAACAUCAGACCACCUACACUUUCAGAGUCAAAGCUGUGGAUGGGGGAGAUCCUCCCAGAUCUGCCACAGCCACAGUAUCUCUCUUUGUAAUGGAUGAGAAUGACAAUGCUCCCACAGUUACCCUCCCCAGAAACAUUUCCUACACUUUACUGCCACCUUCAAGUAAUGUCAGGACUAUAGUAGCUACAGUGUUGGCAACAGACAGUGAUGAUGGCAUCAAUGCAGACCUUAACUACAGCAUUGUGGGAGGGAAUCCCUUCAAGCUGUUUGAGAUUGAUUCCACCAGUGGUGUGGUUUCCUUAGUGGGGAAACUCACCCAAAAGCAUUAUGGCUUGCACAGAUUGGUGGUGCAAGUGAAUGACAGUGGGCAGCCUUCCCAGUCCACCACCGCCCUGGUGCACGUGUUUGUCAAUGAAAGUGUUUCUAAUGCAACUGUGAUUGACUCCCAGAUAGCCAGAAGUUUGCACACCCCACUCACCCAGGAUAUAGCUGGUGACCCAAGCUAUGAAAUUAGCAAACAGAGACUCAGUAUUGUCAUUGGAGUGGUUGCUGGAAUUAUGACAGUGAUUCUGAUCAUCUUAAUUGUAAUGAUGGCAAGGUACUGCAGGUCCAAAAAUAAAAAUGGCUAUGAAGCCGGCAAAAAAGACCAUGAAGACUUUUUUACACCCCAACAGCAUGACAAAUCGAAAAAGCCUAAAAAAGACAAGAAAAAUAAAAAAUCUAAGCAGCCACUCUAUAGCAGCAUUGUCACUGUAGAAGCUUCUAAACCAAAUGGACAGAGAUAUGAUAGUGUCAAUGAGAAGCUGUCAGACAGCCCUAGCAUGGGGCGAUACCGAUCUGUUAAUGGUGGGCCUGGCAGUCCUGACCUGGCAAGGCAUUACAAAUCCAGUUCCCCAUUGCCUACUGUCCAGCUUCAUCCCCAAUCACCAACUACAGGAAAAAAACACCAGGCCGUACAAGAUCUACCACCAGCCAACACAUUUGUGGGAGCAGGAGACAACAUUUCAAUUGGAUCAGAUCACUGCUCUGAGUACAGCUGUCAAACCAAUAACAAGUACAGCAAACAGAUGCGUCCACAUCCAUACAUUACUGUGUUUGGCUGAAUUCCACUCUAAUAUGAUGCUCCAUUUUGCACCAUGCAGUGAUGACCUUGCUACUCCGAAACCUGCUGGAGCCUGCCCUUGGCCGUGGGGUGUCAGCCAAUCACUGUUUGUUCCACUUGGGCAUUUUAUUUUCGAGUCCUCUCCCCCCCAUUUAAGGAAAAAUAGUAUUGAAAUAAAUAAACUUAUUUCAAAGAAAAAAACAAAAAACAGUAUUCAUGCAAAAAAUGUGUUACUAGUGAAUGUCUGAGUCCCCAGGAACUCCAUUUUCGAGAAGGUGGUUAGCAGAAUUUCAUAGCGAAGUCUUUUUAGAAAAACUCCAAAAGCAUAUUUCAACAGUAAUUUUAAGAUGAUGGCUUUAUGUGAACAGACAAAAAUUAAGUCUGUUUGGUCUUUGUCUAUAUUACAUGAAAUACCUACUUUGAAUUAAAACCUAAAUUAAUCA